UGGAAGCCACUAUAUUCUUUCUUCCAAGAGUCGCCUUUUUCAUGUAAAUGUAAACGCUUGCCUGUAGACAAACGUGGAUCAACCGUUUUACAUCCUUUUGCCUUCCAUGUUUUCUGUACUCAGUUAGAUAUUUAUUCAUCUAAAGGGUCGAUCCAAAAAGGUUUGGCCUCUCCUUCUCUUCUUGUACAGAGCACAAGAGUGCAAAAAAUCAAAGGGAAGGGAAGAAACAAAAAAAUGGAAGAUGGGGAGAUGAACAGCAUGAUGAAGGUAUGGCUCUCAAUCUUUGCAUCUCUAACUUACUGCUAUAUCAUAGGAAAGAUGAUCCCGAAAGGUCUUACAAGACUUCUCUGCGUGCUACCAAUUGUUUGUCUAUUUCUUGUUCUUCCUCUAGAACUCACCUCUAUUCAUUUUGGAGGCAUGACAGCUUUCUUCGUUGCUUGGCUUGCGAAUUUCAAGCUCUUGCUUUUUGCGUUUGGCAAAGGCCCUUUGUGUUUAGACCCAAAAAUCUCUUUUGGUCGUUUUGUUUCUGUUGCUUGUUUUCCCAUCAAAAUCCUGCAAAUUCCACCUCAAAAACCAAAUCUAAAUGGCCAUAGCCAUGGAAACCAAUCUCAAAAAUCACAUCUAAAUGGCCAUGAUAGGCAAAAAUUAAUCUCUAGAAAGGGCCCUCAUAAAUCAUUCCUAAAUUAUGCAACCAAAGGUCUUCUUUUGGCAAUGUUGGUAGCUACAUAUGACUAUAGUGAUUAUAUCCAUCCAAAAAUCAUGUGGCUCUUGUAUUGUUUCCACAUAUAUUUUUUUCUUGAAAUAUUCCUAGCCAUGUUGGCAUCGGUGGUUCGAACCCUUUCAGGGCUUGAGCUAGAGCCACAAUUCAAUGACCCUUAUCUCUCGACUUCACUUCAAGACUUUUGGGGGAGAAGAUGGAACCUCAUGGUAACAAGCAUCCUGCGCCCGAUUGUGUACGAUCCCAUCAUCUACACGUGUAAGAACUUCAUUGGUCGUAGGUGGGCCCAGGGCGUAGCAAUUUUGGGGACCUUUCUAGUGUCUGCGCUCAUGCAUGAGCUCAUUUUCUACUACCUAGGACGCGUGAAGCCCACGUGGGAGAUCACUUGGUUCUUUUUGCUACAUGGAGUGUGUUUACCGGUCGAGAUUGCUUUGAAAAGGGCUGUUAACGGCAGGUGGCAGUUUCCCAGGCCGAUACAAACUAUAUUGACCAUUGGAUUUGUGAUAGCUACCGGCUUUUGGCUGUUUUUUCCACCAUUUCUUGCGUGUAAAGCAGGUGUUAGGGCAAUUGAUGAGUACGCGGCUGUACGCGGGUAUUUGAAGGAAGCUGGUCAUGCGUGUUUUCCUUGGAUUUUUCAAAAAAUCUGUUGGCUUGUAAAUAUCCAAAGAUUUGAUUGAUUGAUUGAAUAGCGGUUCUGAUUAUGAAAUUACAAAAAUAAG